AUGGCCCCAGACGAGCCAGAUCAGCCGCUCGGUACCUCGUUCAGCCGCACUCAAGCCUUUCUCGCCGGCGCACAACAGCUCACCGCCGUCGACUUUGACCUCGACCCGUCCGCCGACGUCGACCACGGCGAGACCAAGACGCUCGCGUCCCUGUGCGCCAUGCUCGACGAGUACCAGGAGCAGUCGUACCUCCUCGACCCGGUCCUCGAAUCCCUCGUCGCCCCCCUCCUGUCGACCCUGCGCGCCCAGGUGCGCCGCCCGUCGUGCAAAUUUGCCGGCAAGCGCCUCGCGAGGCUCGCCCGCCUCGUCUACUUUGUCACAAAGGUCCGCGGCGCAAAGACGAUCGUCCGCUUCUUCCCACACGAGGUGUCGGACCUGUCGCUCCUCGUCUCGCUCCUGUCGCCGCCGAUCUCGUCCACCACCUUCUCAACGCCCUCGACCUCGACUUCUACCCAGCCAGCGCCCAGCACCCUCUCGUCGACCGCGCCGUGGGAGCUCCGCUACGCCCUCCUCCUGUGGCUCAGCGUCUGCAUCCGCCUCCCGUUCGCGCUCGCGCUCGUCGCGCCGGGCACGGCCGACCGCAUCGAGCGCCUCGGGCGGCACUGGGUCGAGCGCAGUGGGCGAGAGGGCGAGGGCGCGGUCGAGGUCCUCGGGAGGUACUUUGCGAGGGCCGACGCCGACUUGGGGAGGCUUGUUGGGCGGUGUGAGGAGGCGCUUGGGGACCCGGACGGUCAGUUGUUGGGCCUCUCGCUCCUCUCGUCCCUCCUCCUCGUCCUCUCGACCGCCUCGCCGUCGCACAUCGCGCCGCACUUCCCGCGCCUGUACGCCCUCGUCGCGCUCCUUCCCGCUCCGGCCGACGGCGCGCGAACGGGCGCCGGCGCGGCGAAAGCGCGCGCCAAACUCGCGGGCAGGCUCGCGCUGCUGAGGGUCCAGGCGGCGCGGGACGAGCAGCAAGUGGCAGAGGGGCAGGGCGACGAGUGGGACGUGCCGCAGGAAGUCGAGGUCAUUGUCGGGGAGCUCAUCGAGGGGCUCGCGCACCCUGACUCGAUCCCGCGCUACUCGGCGGCCAAGUACCUCGCGCGCCUCGCGCUCGUCCUCCCCGCGGCCCUCACGGCCCAGGUCGUCGACGCCGUCCUGUCGGCGCUCGACGAGGCCCUGUCGCCUGAGGCGCGCCUCGGCGGCGCCGCGAGCGAGGGACGCGCCCAGGGGGCGUGCCUCGCGGUUGGCGAGAUGGCGCGCAGGGGGGCGCUGAACCGCGUCGAGGGGCAGGGCGAGGUCGUGGGGCGGGUCGUCGAGUGCACGAUGCAGGCCCUCGCGUACGACCACCUGACGGCGCUGCACCCGAUCGGCUCGUCGGUGCGCGACUCGGCGUCGUACGUCCUGUGGUCCCUGUCGCGCACCCUCCCGGCGUCGUCCCUCUCGCCCGCCCAGGCCCAGCGCCUCGCAGAGUGCCUCUUGUGCACGGCGUGCCUCGACAGGGAGGUGAGCGUCAGGAGGGCCGCGAGCGCGGCGUGGCAGGAGGCGGUCGGGCGAUGGGGCAUCUUCCCGCACGGCAUCGACAUCCUGCGCCAGGUCGACUUCUUCACCGUCUCGGUCCGGCACCGCGCCUUUCUUCAAGCCGCCGUCGCCGUCGCCUCAUUCGACCCGUACCGCGAGGCCAUCGUCGAGCACCUCGUCGGGCGACAAGGCGGGACCGGCGUCGCGCACUACGACGCCGACAUCCGGGUCCUCGCCGCACAAGCGCUCGGCAAGGUCGUCGCGGCCGAGAGUGGGCGGCGAGAGCUCGCGAGAGCGCUCGUCGAGGAGCAGAUCGACAAGCUCGCGAGGACCAAGGACGUCGCGAUGCUGCACGGCGUGCUGCUCUCGCUGGCGGCGCUGUCGGGCGCGCUCGACGAGGUGCACGAGGAGUACCGCGUCGAGCUCCGUCACAAGGUGUUCGUCGCCGUCUGCAACCUCCAUCCCUCGACCCGCUCCCUCGCGCGCAACCACCUCGUCCUCUCGGCCGCCCUGUCUACCCUCGCCAGCUCCGCUCCUCCACCUCGUUCCUCCUCUCGCACCUCAUCCUCUCCGCCUUCUUCCUGCACGACGCCUUUGCCGCCCAACUGGGGCGACGUCGUCCGGCUCGCGUGCGACCGCAGCGAGGAGUCCGUGCACGCCGCCGCCGGCGACGCACUACGGGCUCUUUCCCGGGCCGUCGACUGCACGGCCGACAUCGACAAGCUCCUCGCCGACCUCGACUCGCGCAGCGGCUCGCGCCAGCAAGCUGCGGCGCUCCUCGUCGGUCGCGCGUCGUACGGCCCUGCGCUCGCGCACGGCGAGCGGCUCGGCGUCGUCGUUCGGCGGCUCGGGCGGUUCGUGCGCCGCGAGGGCGAGGGCGAGGGACGGGCGGUGACGGUCGAGGCGAGGCGGAACGGGGUCGAGGCGCUCGCGAGGGUGCUCGGCGAGCAUGGGCGGGCUCUUGACGAGGCCGAGCCUUUCCCUCCUCCCCUCGACCCUCGACACCCUCUGCUCGGCUUGACCGACUACACGACCGACCAACGCGGCGACGUCGGCUCGUGGGGCGUCGUCGACCGGGCCGUCGCGGGCAUGGCCAAGCUCGGGGUCGAGCGGCUCGACGGCGUGAGGGAGGCGGCGGGCAGGGCCCUCAUGGAGGUGUGGGGGAGCGACGGCGCGGGGAGCGGGGCUGGGACGGGCGCGGCGGGCUUGAUGAGGGCGAGCGAGGUCUGGGAGGGAAUCGCGAGCGAGGAGCGGUGGAACUGGCGGGACCUCGCGUGGGCGUCCGAGCGGCUCCUGCCGCUGUUGAGCGUGCCCGAGUACCGCGACGACGUGCUCGAGGGCGCCAUCUUGUCGAACACGGCCUACUCGUCCUCGACGCCGCUCCUCGACUUUGCCCUCCUCCUUCCGUCUUGUCCCACUCCUGACGACACCUCACUCUACACUCUCUCGUCGUUCCUCUCGUCCCUGUACGCGCUCGGCAAAGCCGACCUUUCGUCGAACCGGCUCUUCGUCCCCUUUCUCUCGCUCGUCGCCUCGCUCGCCGAGACGGGCGCGCUCGACGACCUCGCCCUCGACAGCGACGACGGGUCGUCAGCCGGGCCCAGGACGCUCCGCAACUUGCUCGGACUCGCCUGCAGCGGCGUCGGGCGCGUCAAGAACCCGGCGAGGCUCGGCGCGGCGGCAAAAGUUGCGACCGCCUUUCUUGCGCUCCCGGCGCCGGUCGCUCGGGCCGCCGCACCUCGACUCGCCCUCUUCCUCGCGCACCCUCAGCCCUGGCUGCGACAGCAGACGGCCGACGACCUGUUUGGCGCCCUGAGCGCACUUGGCCUCGUCGAGGAGGGAGGCGAGCUCGAGCGGCUCUUGACCGACACGGCGUGGACGGCCAACGACGUGCAGGCGCCCGCAGAGCACGUCUCGCAGCUCGUCCUCUCGCUCAUCGAGGCCCGAUAGAUCUAGAAACGGACCUGCACUGCAUUGCGAAGUUGCG